AUGCCUGUACCAUGCAGAACCGGCUGCGGGAAAAAUGCCAUGCUCAAGCGUCCAAAGACUGGCGAUGCAUUAUGCAAAGAUUGCUUUUUUUGGGCAUUUGAAACAGAAAUACAUUUUACCAUAACAAAAGCUGAAUUAUUCAAAAGUGGUGAUUCUGUAGCUGUUGCGGCAUCUGGAGGCAAAGAUUCUACGGUUCUUGCACAUGUUCUGAAAACGCUUAACCAACGGUUUAAUUAUGGUUUAAAUCUAAUGUUACUUUCUAUAGAUGAAGGUAUCACAGGUUACAGAGAUGACAGUCUGGAAACUGUAAAACAAAAUCGUGAUGAUUAUGAAAUGCCCUUAAAAAUUCUUUCAUAUAAAGAACUUUAUGGAUGGACUAUGGAUGAAAUUGUUGCACAGAUUGGGAGAAAAAAUAAUUGUACAUUCUGUGGAGUUUUCAGACGACAGGCAUUAGACAGAGGAGCCGCAAUGUUAGGGGUUAAAUGUAUUGCUACUGGGCAUAACGCUGAUGACAUAGCAGAGACUGUUCUCAUGAAUGUACUGCGAGGAGAUAUAGCAAGAUUAAAAAGAUGUACUGCUAUUACUACUGGUAGUGAAGGAACUAUACCAAGGGUUAAACCUCUUAAAUAUACAUAUGAAAAAGAGAUAGUAAUGUAUGCUCAUUACAAAAAGCUAGUAUAUUUUUCUACUGAAUGUGUUUUUGCACCAAAUGCAUACAGAGGACAUGCAAGGGCACUACUUAAAGAUAUGGAAAAGAUACGGGCAUCUUGUAUUAUGGAUAUAAUAUACUCAGGUGAAACAAUGGCUGUUAAAGAAGAAGUGACUUUACCGUCACAGAGGACCUGCAUUCGAUGUAACUUUGUAUCAUCACAAGAAGUUUGCAAGGCCUGUGUUCUUCUUGAAGGCUUAAACAAAGGUCUACCAAAACUUGGUAUUGGAAAAAGCUCGAAAGCUAAGAAAAUGCUUGAAGAAUACAAUGCACAGCAAACAAAUUAUAAAGAAUCACUACAAGCAGCUGCAAAAGAAUUGGAUGAUGUUCAAAGUAAAAAAGAAUUGUGUUUAUCAGAUUCCAAGAAUUGUAAGUCUGGAUUGUGUAAGGGUAAAACAAAAUUAAACAGAAAUAGCUCGAUAAAUUCUAAUGACUAUACAAAUAGUAGUAAUGCAAAAGAAUGUUGUUCUAAUUGCUCUGGAAGUUGUGAAAGAAUUAAAGUUAAUGCUGAUGUUAAUAAUACUAAAGUUAAUACCUUAUUAGAAAAGUAUGUUAUAAAUGAAACCAAUAUUGCAAAGGUCAAUGGAGAAGGCACUCUUUGUAACCCAAGUAACAGUGAUGAUAACUUGAACAAUUCAGAUGAUGAAGAGCAUACACAUGCAGAAUAUAUAGAUACACAUAUAGAACAGGAAGAUGAAACAUGUUCUGCCUCAUGUGGUAAACUGGGAUCCUUAAAUAUAGGAUUUUGA